AUUCGGUGAGCGAGUUCAGCGUUAAGAAGUGUAAAUGUUGAUUGUCGCUACUUCCUUAGACAUCUUCCUCCAGGGCAUCGGAGAAUAUAGUUUUUUGAAUGCAACAAUCUGUAACGUAGCACCACAUGUGGCUUCGUUCAAUGUGACAUACGAUCAGUCAAUGAUCUCCGUCGAUCAUCAACCUCAUUCCAUCCAGCUACUCCAGAAUGACAGCACAACUGUCAUCGCCUUCUUAGUGGAGGUAGUGUACCGGGUGGCUAUUUCUACUCAGACGACGUACAAUAACCCUUUGGGGGAGUUGCUGCAGCUUAAUACAACAGACCCCAUGGCUUCGGCGAUGAACAUUUUGGAAAACUACUUCCGUGGCAUUGUAGAGUUUUCUGGCACAUACCUUCGUUCUGCCUACUUUGCAGAAGGUGCCAGUGCGAAUUCCGCGAUGCAGGACUUGUUCGCGAACAAAUCAGCUUUCAUACCCCUGAAUGGAACAAUGUAUAUCACAACCUACGGUUGGUACAGAGGACGCCGUACAUACAUCUAUACUCUCGUCAUCUUCACGGUCAUCUGGGCGGUCACUGUUUCAGCUGCUGUGUACAGUCUAAUUCAGGAACGUACUCACCCACGCUCCUGUACCACUUUUGACGCAUCGAACCCAGUCCAUCUGAUGGUGGCAUCUUCAGCUGGAGGACUAGAAACGCUCGCAAGAUUUGAAGAUAACGUAGCUUUGGAGAAUGAACAUGCACGAGUGCGUCUCCUAGAUGGUCGGGAUGUGGCACCAGAUGAUGCAGUGGGGGAGAAGACAUCCGCUCAGCCUACUAGAUCGACAAUGCCGCGGUUCGAGAUUGUACCAUAGGUAAGUAUCCUACAGCUGUUGGGUAUAACGUGCUAUGCAAUCUUUCAUGUCUUACUACCAUGAUGUUGCAUCUGCAUGGUCACCAACAGUGACUCCCUUAUCCCAUGUGAUUUUCUUUCCCUUGAUAUGAUACUUAUGGUCUUGGCUUCCGAGUUGCCACGCUACGCACAUAGUACCUGAUACUCUUACAAAAAACCUAUCAAAGACCCAGUAGAUAGACUUGUAAAGCCUUGUGUUCUUACAACUGAG